CAAUGAAAGAAAGGAGGGGGAGGGGAAAAACAACAACCCACGUGCGCGAAUGAGUGAGGUUGUUUAUCUGCUCUGAUCCUAUGCACCCUCCCCGCUUCCUUCUUCCUGUGCGCCCACGUGGGAAGCCGGCAAAGCUCCAGCUAACCUGCCAGCCACAAGACUAUCGCGAUGAGUUUUAUUGACUACAGAGAGACGAUAAAGGAUGGGGACACGGCGAUCGUCUUCUUGGGCCACGAGUCCAUGUUUCCGGUGAAGGUGCAGCAUGGCGGUAAAACCCAGACGAAGUAUGGCGUCAUCAGGCAUUCCACCGACCUCAUAGGCAAGCAGUAUGGCUCCAAGGUGACCUGCAGCAAAGGAGGCUGGGUGUAUAUUCUUCACCCGACUCCCGAGCUGUGGACUGUGAACCUCCCCCACCGGACGCAGAUCCUGUAUUCGACGGACAUCUCUCUCAUCACCAUGAUGCUCGAGCUGAAGCCGGGGUCCGUUGUUUGUGAAUCAGGUACUGGAAGUGGCUCCCUGUCUCACGCAAUCAUCAGGACAAUUGCCCCAACGGGGCAUCUGUAUACAGUGGAGUUCCACCAGCAGAGAGCUGAGAAAGCCAUCGAGGAGUUUGAAGAGCACAAGGUGGGCCAUUUGGUGACGGUGAAGAACCAAGAUGUCUGCAAAAACGGCUUUGGCAUCACUCACCUUGCAGACGCGGUCUUCCUGGACAUUCCGUCGCCGUGGGAAGCCAUAGGGCAUGCCAAAUCCGCGCUAAAGCGUGAAGGUGGACGCAUCUGUUCCUUUUCCCCCUGCAUCGAACAAGUGCAAAGGACCUGCCUGGCUCUGGAGGAGCACGGCUUUGCCGAAUUUAAUACCCUGGAGAUCCUGCUGAGAGUCUACAACGUUCGGACAAUCAGCUUGCCGGUCCCUGACCUUGGAAAAGGAGCCGGGGGUAAUGCCAGAGCAGCAUCUGACAAAGGCAGCCCAUCAGAUCAGGGUGCCUCUUCUGCUGGUCUCCAGCAGGGAAACGCACAGUUUAAAAGCGGUGUGCCGCCUAGGGAGAUGGUGGGUCACACUGGGUAUUUGACCUUCGCUACCAAAAGCCUAUUUUAGUUACGGGCGAAGCUAGCGGCCUCCUUGCUGCUCUCCCUCGCUCCCUCACUCCCAAUCAAGCAUCCCAAGCUUUUUUUUUUUUGCUCGUCGGGCAAUUCCAUAUAUAGUCAGACCGAGUAAGAUUAUGCUUUUGUUUAAAUAGCACGCAGGAGCGCUAACCAGAUCAGCCUUGCAGUACACUGUCCUUCUGGAACAGUGCUUGGCUGCCUGUCAGGUAGGAAGAUGGAUUAGCAGCUAAUAGCUGUGGGUUGGACUUUGCAAAGCAAAAGCCACUUACUGAGGUUGUUGGGGUGGGGGGUGGGGAUGUCAACAAGGUUUCCUUUUGCUUUCUGGAACCCCUGCAUUGAUUCUUCCCUCUAAGAGGGUGUGCAAUGGGGAGAAUUAUUUGCUGUUAGGAAUUUGUUUA